AUGGGCCAGUAUACGGAAACAGAAGUCAAUCAAGCUCUCAAUGCAGUUGCAAGUGGGCAGAGUGUCCGAAAGGCAGCUCAUGAUGCUGGAAUUCCACCAUCAACCCUCCAGUCUCGAUUAAAGGGUUCACAGGCAAGAAAUGUAGCUUUCUCUAGCUUCCAGAAGCUAUCUCCAGCACAGGAAAGUCACUUAGCUGAAUGGGUGCGUAUCCAGGCGGCGUUAGGGCUGCCGCCAACACAUCAACAACUCAAGGAAUUUGCCCAGCGAAUCCUAGACAUCAGAGGCACUACCCAGCCACUUGGGAGAAACUGGAUUCAGUUCUUUAUUAAGAGAAAUCCAUCAAUCAAGGUUCAUAGAGCUAGAGCCAUCGAUUCUAAGCGUGUCAAUGGGGCCUCAACUAAUGUAAUCAGGCAAUGGUUUCAACAACUCGCCCUUCCAGAGAUCAAGGCGAUCAAACCACAUCAUCGCUAUAACAUGGAUGAAACUGGUAUCCUAGAAGGCAGAGGAUCAAAUGGCUUAGUACUGGGAUCAUCAGAAAGCUCAUCAAUGCGAAAAAAACAGCCUGGGUCUCGGGCUUGGACAACUAUGCUUGAGUGUGUCUCUGCAACUGGUCAGGCGCUUCCUCCACUUGUUAUUUAUCGAGGGAAAUCGGUUCAACAACAAUGGUUUCCUCUUGAUAUCCAUAAACGUGAUAUUUACAGUGGUUGGAAGUUCACAGCAACUGAGAAUGGCUAG